AUGCUACUCAAGCAUUGGAAAGCAGCCGCCUUUGCGGCCGCCUCCAUCGUCUCCCAGGUUGAGGCCGGCUUCCUGAACUUUGGCCGUGAUGCGUCAUCGACAAAGCCCCAGAAUAAAGAUCAGUUCAUUGAGUCUUUGAUAUCCAAGUUGACUCUGGAGGAUCUAGACCAAACGAUGCAUCUCAGCCCGAAAUCCCCAAUCGGAACCAUCCACGACUGGUACCCCAUGAACAAAUCCUACUUUAACACGCUACAAAAACUCCAGCUGGAAAAAUCUCACGUCAAGAUCCCCAUGAUGCUCGUCGAAGAGUGUCUUCACGGCGUCGGCUCGUUCAAACAGUCCCUAUUUCCCCAAAACAUUGCCAUGGCAGCUUCUUUCGACACCGGCAUUGUGUACAGGAUUGGAAGAGCCAUUGGGACGGAGGCAAGGUCCAUUGGCAUUCACGGCUGCUUCUCACCUGUUCUCGAUCUCUGUCAAGAUCCUCGCUGGGGACGUUGUCAAGAGGAUUUUGGAGAGGAUAAAAUCCUUACAUCUCACAUCGGGGCGGCCUACUCCUCUGGUUUGUCUAAAAACAAGUCCUGGUCUGAUCCGGACGCCGUGUUUCCCAUCAUGAAGCACUUUGCCGCCCACGGCUCCGCCCAAGCAGGACACAACACCGCACCGUUUACGGGUCUCGGCAUUCGACAGAUCAAGCAAGAUCUUCUUGUACCUUUCAAGGCUAAUUACGAUUUGGGAGGCGCGAGGGGAGUGAUGAUGUCCUAUAACGAGAUUGAUGGCGUGCCAAGCAGCGUCAAUACGAUGCUAUACGAGACGUUAGACAGCUGGGGCUAUGAUGGCAUUAUCAUCGGCGACGACACGGCUAUGCGUAACCUUCUCACAGAGCAUAGAGUAUCCGACUCUGAAGCAGACACGCUUCAGCAGUGGUACAAUGCAGGUGGACAAAUUGACUUUUACGACUUUGACCUGGACAGCAAAAUAAAUAUCACCAGAGCUCUCGUCGCCAACGGGACCGUCCCACUCAAGACUCUCCAAUCCCACGUCCGCAAGAUUUUGGGCGUCAAAUGGGACCUCGGCCUCUUUGAGAAUGCCUACAUCCCAGAGGACAUUGAUCCCCUGGCAAUCGUUGCGAGCCACCAAGACGUUGCCUUGGAGGCCGCGCACAAAAGCAUCGUUUUGCUCAAAAACGACAACCAGACACUCCCGCUGAGUUCCUCGAAGAAGAAGAUUGCGCUCAUAGGGCCCUUUGCUGAUACCAUCAACCUCGGCGAUUAUUCCGGCGCUCUUGGCCAGUAUCCCGCCAACUACACGCAUACGCUGCGGGAGGGGAUUCUAAGCCAUGUCAAAAAGUCUGGCCACUCCGUUCAAACGAGCUGGGGCACAAACUCAUGGGAAUACAACAACCAAUAUGUCGUCCCAGGCUACCUUCUCUCCUCGAACGGUAAUUCUGGCGGGCUCAAAGCGACGUACUAUGCUGGUACAAACUUUACCUCUCCCAAAGCAACGCGAACAGAGGUUCCCGCGCAAGACUGGGGCCUUUAUCCCCCUCCCGGUCUUUCCUCCAACAACUUCAGUGCCGUCUGGGAGGGCCAAUUCGAGUCACCCACCGACGUCGACGUCAACGGAUGGAUCGGUCUUGCCAUUGGACCAAACAGCACUUCAAAGCUCUACGUCGAUGGAAAGCUGAUCUCAUCGAGGGGUUACAGUGGCACAGGAAACCUUUUGGGCACAAUCGAAGGAUACGGCUGGACACAAGCCAACUCCACCCUUCCUCCUCAAGGCGGCGUAGAGUUCACGUUCAAGAAAGGUGCGAAGCAUCACGUGCGCAUCGAGUUUCAGUCGUGGAACAACUACAAGAAGACGGCCAACGUCAACUCUGUCAACUCACAGCUCAUCUUCUGGUGGAACCUCGUUUCUCCCAACGGCGAGGCCCUUCAGCAAGCCGUGUCCAUUGCCAAAGACAGCGACAUCGUUAUCCUCGCGGUGGGAGCUGCUUGGAACAGCGACGGGGAGAGCGGAGACCGGGGCACACUGGACCUGGCACCCAGUCAGGAAGAACUGGCAAAGAGGAUAUUUGCCCUCGGCAAACCUGUGGUGCUUGUUCUUGAGGGCGGAAGACCAUUUGCCAUUCCCGACCACUACGAGCAGUCGGCGGCCGUAUUGAGCACCUUUUUCGGCGGGCAAGCCGCCGGACAAGCCACUGCAGACGUGCUUUUUGGCACGUUCAACCCCGGAGGUCGUGUCCCGAUUACCGUUCCCUAUUCAGUUGGCCAGUUACCUGCUUAUUACAAUUACAAGCCGUCCGCUCGGGCAGCGCAAUAUCUCGACAUUCCGACUGACCCCAUCUAUCCCUUUGGAUACGGCCUUUCCUACACGACCUUUGAGACCUCUGCCCCCACCGCAUCCAUCAAAGGCAGCUCAAAGCGAUCUAGCAUCGAUGCUCGAGCAAGCCAGUCCUUUGGCACGGGUGAUUGGAUCAACUUUUCAGUGACCGUCCAGAACACUGGCUCGGUUGCUGGAAGCUAUGUAGCACAGGUAUAUCUUUUGGGCCGUGUGUCGACCAUCACCCAGCCAGUGAAGCAGCUGGUCGGCUUCCAGCGCGUCUAUCUCGAUGCUGGUGAGAAGAAGACUGUGGACAUUGAGCUCGAAGUCGACAGGUAUCUCAAGAUACUCAACAGGAAGUACGAGUGGGAGCUCGAGAAGGGGAGCUACACAUUUGCUCUGCUCGAGCAUGGGGGGAGCAAUGCGGACACAUCCAAGAAUGUGACGCUGGAAUGCGUUGGUUGA